AUGGCUACCGCACCAAAAUUAGAGCAGUUUCCAAAUUAUAGCUAUGAUGAUCCACCAAAUUAUUACCCCAAUCAUCCGAAUUAUUAUGACAAUCAGCCGAAUCAGGCGUAUGGUGCUCCAUGGACCACUGGCGCGCCUGUAAGGCCUGUAAAUUACGGACAACAAACAGCUGGAAAUCAGCGUUCUUGUUGUCAGAAAAUAUUUGCAAUGGCUUUUCUUCUCUACAAGCUCUGGUUUCAUCCCAUCCAUUGGCGUAUUCUAACAUCUCGUGACGAUCUAGUUGACGAUGAAUUGCACGUGAACCACACUCCAACGGAAUCACAUCUAUCGCUAUCAUCAAAACACCAGAUUUUGUCCAGACGAACAAGAAGAAGUGCGAAUGGUCGAUGUUGGUGUCCUCAAAAAUCCCAACGUACAAAAGAUAAUAUAAAACAUUCAACAAAACUAGAAACCAUCGAAUACUUAGACGAGCCGUUAACUUCACCACUUCUUUUAGCGACUUCGUCUAAUCAAAUAGAACACCAACAAGUGACACUCUUUAAGUAA